UGUGUGGAAAAGUCAACGGCAAACGCGACGUUUUUCAGCUCGCCGCGGAGCGUUGGCGUUUUGGUUCGCUCGCAGUCUCAGUUCUCGAGAAGACGUCGGUUGGAUCGCAUCGGAUCGGUUUGGAUCGGAAGGGUGGGCUACGGAAAAGAUACUACCGACCGGAUUAUAUGUUUACGUUGCCAGCGCAGUGCGCGCAGUGGAGUUUGCGAGGCGACAUCCGACUUGGUUUAUGCUUCUGUGCGUCUCGUUCUCCAAUGUAAAAAUAAAAUUGCUCCAAUAUGUGUGCGCGAAACGGCUUUUGAAACAUUUUCGAAUAAACGCCGAUCGUUUUGUGAGUGCGAACCAGUGCAUGUGUCAGGGUCUUUGGAUCCACGGAUUCGUUACGGUGGUAUUACCGACCCGAUCGGUUUUCGAGCGACAACCAUACCAUAAGCAAUUGAGCAUGAAAGUGGUGUGCUGGAUUUUCGGAUUCCUGACGGUGGCUCAACUGCUGGUCGAGGCUCAGUGUGGACACGUGCAGGAGGCGAAGAGGGAAAUAUGGGACGCAAUGGGUCACCAUAGGCACCGUCACCAUUCGUAUCACGGUUCGCACUGGGCGGACGGGCGGCGGGUGCACCGCCUGCGGAUGCCCCACCCACAACGCUGGAGUGGGCGGCGUCGAUCGCUCCAUCACCACCAGCCCUUCAGCCGGUGGUCGCAGUGGUCCCCGUGCGACGAGGAGUGCGUCAAGCGGCGGGAGCGCUUCUGCAAGGUGAAGCGGAAGUGUGGCCACACCAAGCACGUGGAGCAAAGCAAGUGCCGGCACUGUCAUCCUCCACCUCCUAUAAAGUGGCAGCAACCGUUGAUUCUAGACGACAGUCACUUCCGCGAGAGGAACCACCCACUUCAGCAACCACAGCCUCAACCGCAGCCGCAGCCACAGCCUCAUCCGCCACCUCCGCCGCCGCCGUCAAUAAUCAUAAACGCUGCAGCUGCUGCAUCAAGUGGUCCGACCGUGGAUUAUAGAUAUACCGAAUACAGACCCCCACCAAUUUCUGCACCAACCCAUCCUGCUGUUUAUGCCCCAACUUAUGCCCCAACUCAUCCUCCAACAUUUCCCCCAACUCAUCCACCAUUUCCACCUCCGACUCCUCCCUCGAAAUCCAGAGAGGUGGUUCGUCAUCUGCCGAAUUACCCCGCCAAAGAUAUAUAUAGCGAGGAGGAAGUGGAAGAUGAACCUGAACCUGAACCUGAAGAAGAUUUCAUAAGCUCCGACGAACAGGGUGACUUCUUUGUGCUCAAACACCAUCGCCACAGGAGACGGCAGAACCGUGGAAAGCCUUCCCCAAGAAAACCACCGAGGGAGGAUUAUGACGACGAUGACUUUGUGGACUUUGGCGAAAGGAGAUCUGUUAGAACCAGGAAUAUGGGCGAGGAUAGUAGUGUGGAGGGGGACGUCUUCCAGUACGAGGACUUCGAUAUGCCUGACCCUGUGUACACGGAUUCUGAGGAAUCAGAGACCGAAUUUCGCAACAUCAGCUGGGUACAGCCACCCAAGGAUGGGAUUGCUCUUAGGCGACGAAGGGUCUACUCCAAGUGGAGUCGGUGGACCAAGUGUUCGCCAAAGUGUACAACAAGGAGAUACAAGAAAUGCCGCAUCACCGAUCAGUGUGGACGGGAGGUUCUCCGGGAGAUGGCUUACUGCUACACGGAGGGCAGCUUCUGCCAGCAGUGGCUGCAGACGCAGUUCCAAAAAACCCCGGCCUUCGAGACGAGGCCUGCAUCCGGCUCCCCAGCCAACGCCAUGAGAAGGAUGCACUCCGAACAGCCGGAGGUGUCCAUAAAUGACCUCAACUACAUCAUGACUGGAAAGGGUUAUCGGGGACCGGAGUACACUCCUCUGAAACUCAACUGCGGAAUCGUACGCAGCGGAACAGGGCGACGGAGCAUGUCCAACAUGCUGAAGAUCAUCGGUGGAAGGGCGGCCAGGAAGGGGGAGUGGCCAUGGCAGGUGGCCAUCCUGAAUCGCUUCAAGGAGGCCUUCUGUGGAGGCACUCUCAUAGCUCCACGAUGGGUGCUAACCGCCGCCCAUUGUGUAAGGAAGGUGCUCUACGUUCGCAUAGGUGAACACAACCUGAACUAUGAGGAUGGUACGGAAGUGCAACUCAGGGUUAUGAAGAGUUUUACGCAUCCCAACUUUGACAAGCGUACGGUGGAUAGUGAUGUGGCGCUGCUGAGGCUACCCAAGGCGGUUAAUGCCACGACCUGGAUAGGCUACUCCUGCCUGCCGCAGCCCUUCCAGGCGCUGCCCAAGAAUGUGGAUUGCACGAUAAUUGGCUGGGGAAAGCGUCGCAAUCGGGACGCCACUGGAACCAGCGUCCUCCACAAGGCCACUGUCCCCAUCAUACCCAUGCAGAAUUGCCGCAAGGUGUACUAUGACUACACUAUCACCAAGAACAUGUUUUGCGCCGGUCAUCAGAAGGGUCACAUAGACACUUGUGCCGGCGACUCGGGAGGUCCUCUCCUAUGUCGGGAUACCACCAAGCCCAACCAUCCGUGGACCAUCUUCGGCAUCACCUCCUUCGGCGAUGGAUGCGCCCAGCGGAAUAAGUUUGGCAUCUACGCCAAGGUGCCCAACUAUGUGGACUGGGUGUGGUCGGUUGUCAACUGCAAUGGCAACUGCAAGAUGCAGUAGCCUCUCGGUGGAGGCUUAGGAGUCGCGGACUUGGUUCCGUCGAGUAGCAGAGGCUGUGAAAAAAUAAUCUACACUUUAAGUGUGCGAUCCGAGGGAGAAAUCUUCGCUUGAUCACCAUGUCACCAUUCAUCAUGUGCUCAUCUUACGAUCCUAAAACUAGUUAACUAGAAGUUAAACGGAACAAAGUCGAUUGUAAGUGUAGGCAACCAAAUAUUUAUGUAAUUAAACCCUUUAAAAUCACCUACUAACUGAAUUUAAAUUUCCCCUAAAAAUAAAUUUAGUUCUCUAAAAUGUACAUAACUAAACUCUACGCGUUUUAAAUUAAAAAGCUAUCAGUAAUAUUAUUAAAUUCUUGUUUAAGACAAAUAUUAUUAAAAUUAAGUGCAAACAGAAAUCUGAGAUGUCGGAUUGAAGCAUAAUCUAAAUUAAUAGCCUUAUGAAUUGUAAAUAAUGAAUGUUUGAAUCAAUUAAAGAGUAUAUCUGAACAAAUAUUAUCUUAAAUGAAUACUCAGAUCAACGGCAACUAAAUCCUCUAAAUAUAUCGAAUAAUAAACUUAGCAAGAAAUUCUUUCCUUAUAGGCAUACCAAAGAGUCACAGAUAUGUAUAUUACUUAUUAGUUUAUUAUAUUGGUGUUAAAUGCUGCACAGUUUUGCUUCCACAAUAAAACUAUUUAACGUGAUCCCUA